AUGUCGGGUCGCGGAAAGCAAGGAGGUAAAGCUCGCGCUAAAGCUAAGACUCGCUCUUCCAGAGCCGGUCUGCAGUUCCCGGUAGGGCGCGUCCAUCGCCUUCUCCGAAAGGGAAACUACUCGGAACGUGUCGGAGCCGGCGCCCCGGUGUACUUGGCUGCGGUGCUGGAGUACCUCACUGCGGAGAUCCUCGAGCUGGCGGGCAACGCGGCCCGGGAUAACAAGAAGACCCGCAUUAUCCCGCGCCACCUGCAGCUGGCCAUCCGCAACGACGAGGAGCUCAACAAGCUGCUGGGUCGUGUGACCAUCGCACAGGGCGGUGUCUUGCCUAAUAUUCAGGCUGUGCUGCUGCCUAAGAAGACCGAGAGUCACCAUAAGGCUAAGGGCAAAUAAGCCUGUUAGGUAACCGCUUUGCAAUUCUGAGCAAGACAGAACAGGAUAACA